AUGGUCACCCUGGCAUCCUCCCUUUUGGCUGUGAUGGACCCCUCCGCGCUCAUCCUCACGAGGCACAUGAAGGACGGCGGCAGCGGCUCGGGAACCUCGACCCCAUUCUUGCUUCGUCAUCAAGAGCCCCGCUAUGCCCCCCUUCGUGUCCCCGACGCGCACCUCCCCGAGACGGACCCAAGGCGGCGGAAGAAGAGCGAGGGAGGGAAGAAGGGCGGGCAGUCCCACGAGAAGGAAGUCUCCAACAACUCGUGGGGCCCCGAAGCAGCCGGGGCGCUCAAUGGCACUGUCGAUGGGAGCAGAGGGAGCGACGCCAGCAGCCUCGAGGAC